AUGGCAAGGGAUGAAAAGACAAUCUUUCUGUUUGACGUUGAUGGAACGCUUUCUGAGUCGAGGGCAAAAAUGCCCGAGAAGAUGGGAAAGAUGCUAGAGUCGCUCAGAAGGAAGGUUCGGAUAGGAUUUGUCGGGGGAUCAGACCUUGCAAAGCAGAAGGAGCAAGUCGGGGAUAAUAUUCUUGAGAUAUUUGACUACGGGUUUCCGGAAAACGGCGUCAGCUUUUAUAAGAAUGGGACUCUGGAGUCCCAGGAGAAGAUAAUCGAUGUGCUUGGAGAGGAAUUUUACAAGGAGUUUGCCAACUUUGUUCUUCGGUAUCUCAGUGAUAUAGAUCUUCCUAUAAAGAGAGGCAACUUCAUCGAGUAUAGAAACUCCAUGAUCAACAUCAGUCCAAUAGGAAGAAACUGCAGCCGUGAGGAACGCAUGAAGUUUUUUGAGCUUGACAAGAAGGAGAAGUUUAGGGAAAAGAUGGUUACAGCGAUGAGAGAUAGAUUCAAGGACAGUUGCUUGGUAUUUUCUAUCGGAGGGCAGAUAUCCAUCGACUGCUUCCCAAAGGGCUGGGAUAAGACAUACUGCCUAAGGCAUAUAAAGAAAGAGGGUGUCGAAAACGUGUACUUCUUUGGGGACAUGACUAUGGAAGGGGGAAACGAUUACGAAAUCUAUAACCACAAGGAUGUUCAUGGAAUAAGUGUUGGAAACCCCGACGACACCUACAGAAAGGUAGACCAAGCACUAAAAAAGAUCGGACUUGGGGGAUUGGAAGAAAAUUAA